ACCAAAAAGAUAAUAUUUUUUUUUCCCUUUUAAAAAAAAAACUUUUGGAAUUUUCCGGUGGCGAAAAACGUGAAACCCCACAGAGACUCGUCACUCAGUUCACACACACACACCACUCUCUUCCCCCAAAUCCCAUUUUUCAAAAAAAUGUCUUCUUCUUCUUCGCAAACCCUAACACUCCUCAUCGUGAUUUUAGCAAUCACAAGUUUCCACAACACCGUAGACGGCGGCGGCGGCGGUGGUACAAACACUAACCAUAUCUAUUCACCGUGCUCCGAUACCAGAAUCCAAAGAUCCGAUGGAUUCACAUUCGGAAUCGCAUUCUCUUCUCGUCCUUCUUUUUUCCUUAAUCAAACAGUUCUUCUCUCUCCCUGUGACCGUCGUCUUACCCUCGCCGCCAUGAAUUCGCAGCUCUCUCUCUUCCGUCCUAAGAUCGAUGAGAUCUCUCUCCUCUCCAUCAACACUUCCGCUUUUUUUCCGGACAACUAUGGUGGAUAUAUGGUGGCAUUUGCGGGUCGGAAGUACGCGGCGAGGUCUAUACCGGCUUUUAUUGCGAAUAGUACAUUCAUUGUAACCAGUUUUACUUUGGUUAUGGAGUUUCAGAAAGGUAGGCUGCAAAAUCUGUAUUGGAAGAGAGACGGGUGUGCGUCGUGUAAGGGGAAUCAGAAUUUCGUGUGUCUUAAUAAGCAGGAUUGUGCUAUUAGGACACCGAGCUGUAAAGGUCGAGGAGGUACGGUGGACUGUAGUCUCGGGAUCCAGCUUGCGUUUUCCGGGACUGAUAAACAUUUGGCGGUACUUAACUCGUGGUAUGAAGUUGAGAAUCUUAAGCAGUAUUCUCUUUAUGGUUUGUAUUCGAACCUUAAGAGCUCUCUUACUAGUCAGUUCAACAGUUUCUUUUGAGCUUCUUGAUGAGAUGUAUUUGUUUGUUUGUACCACGUAAGUUAAGCUCUUCGAUGACUC